GCUUUUUCAAGAGUCUGGAUGCGGGCGGAGGUCUGUGCGCCAUCAACUGACAAUAAAAACAAAACAAACAAAAAAAGCACAGGUGUAUAAAAAAAGGUGCUGGUCCACCAGCCCAACCGACAUCGUCAUAUGAAUCUAGUUACCGUUUUCCUCGGUAUUCGCUGCUCGUUUCUUACGCGACAUCGCAGUGUUGUCGUUCGCGCCCGUGACAUCGACAUUCGCAAUGAAUGAGAAACGGUCACUUCUGUAGUUAUGCUCCGGGAUCUGCUCCCGCUUUCGGGAAUAACCAACCGCAAAGUUUCCAUUUUUACAUCGAAUAAGAUCCUACGUCAACGUGUCUCUUGCUAGUUGCUGCUUGGAACAUUUUUAACAGUGGACUGGAACUCUUGGACUCCCGAGGACUGUUUUCAUUUAGGCUAGCUAAAUUCGUCGUGAUUUAUCUGGCCUCUUUCGACAGCAAGGCUGGCGAUGGUUAACAGCCGGGUGGAGCCGGCAGCAGUGGCGGUGGCCGGGGGAGGGGGCGGCGGGCCCCCCAGGUCGUGCGGAGGGUGCGGGGGCAGGAUCGCGGACCGCUUCCUGCUUUUCUCCAUGGAAACGUACUGGCACACGCACUGCCUCAAAUGCUCCUGCUGCCAGGCCCAGCUGGGCGAGAUCGGCACCAGCUGCUACAGCAAGGGAGGCAUGAUCCUCUGUCGGAACGACUACAUCAGGCUGUUUGGACACAGCGGAGCCUGCAGUGCCUGUGGCCAGUCCAUCCCUGCCAACGAGAUGGUGAUGCGGGCCCAGGGCAGCGUGUACCACCUCAAGUGUUUCAGCUGCGCCACCUGCAGGAACAGGCUCGUCCCGGGAGACCGCUUCCACUACGUUAACGGCGCCGUCUUCUGUGAGCACGACCGGCCGGGCGCCGCCCUGGUGAGCAGCCACCUGCCCCACCUGCAGAGCAGCGCCCUGCUGCCCGACCAGAAGGUUUGCUGAGAGUGCUGGAGAGGGUCUGAAGAUCAUCUCCUACCCCACAAGCCCCUCCCCUUCACACACACCCCCCCCCCCCACACACACACACGCACACACACACACCCCAUCUCUAAGGACAUGAUGGCUCUUAAAAUAUUGUCUCUAUACAGUAUAUAGUCAUAAAUCAAUUAUCCUUUUCAUGAAGAAAUUAUAAAGAGAUUAUGAUGGCAACGAGGACCAUGAUGGUGGUGAUGACUCCAGUGACGAUGAGGAACAGAAAGACGUACGCAUGUUCAUAACCCGGAGGGUGAGAGCUGAGAAGUGCCUGCUUUGCAACGACUUUCCUCUUCUGCGAAAAACUGCAGGUGGCCAUGCCAAACCAGGUUUUCUGGAUCAGCACGGAAUGGUAGCGCUGAAGCUGCUUAUCACAAGGGAGCUGAUGUGAACACUGACACAGGCGUCUUUUUCUGAUGCCCCCCAAGAGACUACGAAAAGGAAACUCCAAAUCCCAGAAUGCCCUUGUGGAGGUAACUGCACUGGGAGAACUGAGGGCAUUCUAAAGGCAGGCUCAGAUAGACGAGUCCCCUCGUACACCAGCAGGGAGGUCCACCCGGUGUGAUGAUGGCAAACAUCUGCCUCAUUGUGUGCUAACUCUGCUUAUUUAGAUCACUCUGUUCUAUACAAACAUAUUCAGUUCAUUGUGUGCGAUUCCAGCAGAAUUCAGUGCAGCCAGACAAAACAAAAGCACUUAACGCUUGCUUCUCUUCUUCAGCAGUUUCUUAAACCAGAGGACAUAUACCUAGAUGUAUAGAUAUCUCUCUCUCUCUCUCUCUCUCUCUCUCUCUCUCGCUCCCAUUCUCAUGCAAUACUGUUAUGCUCAAUUGUAAAACAAGUUUAGAAGUCUUUCAUAUGUCACACACAGAAUUAAAUGACAUUAGUCUGAUGGGAAA